GAAGAUUUCCAAAAUUGAAAAUGGCUGCUUCCAAAGAGACAUCAGAGAGGAUAUUACUGGAACCAUAUAAGUAUUUACUCCAGCUUCCAGGUAAACAAAUUAGGACAAAGUUGUCUCAAGCUUUUAACCAUUGGCUAAACGUGCCAGAAGACAAAACACAGGUAAUAAUUGAAGUGACCGAAAUGCUUCACAAUGCCAGCCUACUUAUUGAUGACAUUGAAGACAACUCCAAACUUCGCAGAGGUUUCCCAGUUGCCCACAGCAUUUAUGGUGUUCCAUCUGUUAUAAAUUGUGCAAAUUAUGCGUAUUUUUUAGGAUUGGAGAAGGUUUUAACACUUAAUCAUCCAGAUGCAGUCAAUGUUUUCACAAGGCAAUUGCUUGAACUGCACCGUGGGCAAGGAUUGGACAUAUACUGGAGAGAUACAUAUACUUGUCCUACUGAAUCCGAAUACAAGAGUAUGGUUUUGCAGAAAACUGGAGGUCUAUUUGGUCUAGCUGUAGGCCUCAUGCAGUUGUUUUCAUCUUAUGAUAAAGAUCUGAAACCUCUACUAAACACCCUGGGACUUUUCUUUCAAAUCAGAGAUGAUUAUGCAAAUUUAAAUUCUAAAGAGUAUAGUGAAAACAAAAGUUUCUGUGAAGACUUGACAGAGGGAAAGUUUUCAUUUCCUACAAUACACGCAAUUUGGUCAAAGCCUGAAUGUACCCAGGUCCAAAAUAUUCUGCGGCAGAGGACAGAGAACGUAGACAUCAAGAAAUAUUGUGUGCAUUAUCUAGACAAGGUAGGAUCCUUUGAAUACACAAGGCAGACUUUAACAGAGUUAGAAAAGGAAGCAUAUGGACACAUUCAAUUAUUAGGGGGAAAUCCUGAGCUAGUUUCAAUAAUUGAACAUCUAAGCCAAAUGUAUAAAAGCCCAUCAUAAUCUCACCAAUUGCUGAGUGUACCAGAAGUGUAACUUACUACUUAAUUUUGUUUAUCAAUAAAAUAUUAAAUACAACAAACAGAUUAAUUGUGCAAUUCUGUUUUUGUUUUUUCAUUUUUUUCUAUAUU